AUGCUGAGUUGCCCGAAACACCUGCAGCACUCGCUCCGUGAGUGCUCCUCUCUGGAGCGUGCGCUGAUGGUUGAAGGUGGGGGAAAGGGCGGAGGGAGAGAGAAAGCAUCCGCACUCACCCACAGCAGCGGCACCUUACCCCACAGCAUCCGCACUCACCCACAGCAGUGGCACCUUACCCCACAGCAUCCGCACUCACCCACAGCAGCGGCACCUUACCCCACAGCAUCCGCACUCACCCACAGCAGCGGCACCUUACCCCACAGCAUCCGCACUCACCCACAGCAGCAGCACCUUACCCCACAGCAUCCGCACUCACCCACAGCAGCGGCACCUUACCCCACAGCAUCCGCACUCACCCACAGCAGCGGCACCUUACCCCACAGCAUCCGCACUCACCCACAGCAGCGGCACCUUACCCCACAGCAUCCGCACUCACCCACAGCAGCGGCACCUUACCCCACAGCAUCCGCACUCACCCACAGCAGCAGCACCUUACCCCACAGCAUCCGCACUCACCCACAGCAGCAGCACCUUACCCCACAGCAUCCGCACUCACCCACAGCAGCGGCACCUUACCCCACAGCAUCCGCACUCACCCACAGCAGCGGCACCUUACCCCACAGCAUCCGCACUCACCCACAGCAGCGGCACCUUACCCCACAGCAUCCGCACUCACCCACAGCAGCGGCACCUUACCCCACAGCAUCCGCACUCACCCACAGCAGCGGCACCUUACCCCACAGCAUCCGCACUCACCCACAGCAGCGGCACCUUACCCCACAGCAUCCGCACUCACCCACAGCAGCGGCACCUUACCCCACAGCACCCGCACUCACCCACAGCAGCAGCAAUACGAUGUCUUCGGGAAGGCCCUGCAGCGACGAGACGUGGUGGAUGUUUGCCACUAUCGAAUCAGUGCAUAACGAGAACAGCCUGGGCGGGGAGGAGCAAGCGGUGGAGGCAGAGGAGGAGGAGGAUAGCGCGGAUGGUGCUGGUCGGACUGCCUCAGACCCCAUGUGCCCCGCUCGUGCUGACUCUCGUGCCACGGCUGCUGAUGGGGGCAUAGGCUCACCGCCAGCUGCUGUGAUUGAUGGCCCUCCUAGGCUCACCACUCGCUCUUCGAUUGAGUCACCUCUGCUUAGAAUCACACUGAACCCGCCGUUUUUCGUCCCCAGCCCUCCCCCCCACCUUCCCCAUUCUGCUCCUCUCACCGAGCGCAAAUCUACACCCGCCGCGCCAGCCCCCGACCCCACGUCAUCCCCUUCCCCACUAUCCGCCGCGCCCGCCCUGCCUCGCCCCUUUCCCUCCGCUAACCCCACACCCGCCCGCACAUCUCUCUCCGCCGCAACGGCCUCCGCCCGCUCGCUGAGCGAUUCUGUCGCUAGGGGGGCGUCGGCAGCCGGUGCUGGAUCAACCAAACGAGGAGUCAUUAGGUCGCGGAGUUAUGAAACCGCCCAGGGGUUCAGCGGCGAGGGCGUAUUCGCGAAGCGAGAAAAGAAACAACAGAAAAAGCAGCUGAAUCAAGCGCAGCAGCAAGAACAACAUGAGGAGGAGGAGGAGGAGAAGUUACCGAGUAACCACGUGCAGCUGUUCGAUCAAGAGGAGGAGGAGGGCAGCGGAACGGAGCAAGAGAGCGGCGCAGCAGCGACGCGGCCGUUCGUGUACGUGUAUGACCUGGGGAAGCAGCUGACGUCCAAAGUGCUGAAGCUGGAGCUGGAGUGGUACUCGGAGCAGUACGAUUUAGAGAAGCACUUAACGGAGAUGCUUAUGAGGCGUACAGACAACCCCGUGCGCACCAUGGACCCCGAGCAGGCGUCGCUGUUCUUCGUGCCCUUCUACGUGUCGCGCUACCUCUUCUCCUUCUUCCAUAAUGACAAGAAGAACAUGCGGCAGUGCAUCGAGAAGAGCUCACGGGCAUGGACGAAAGUCCUGAAAGCCGUCCGCACCACCUUCCCCUACUUCAACCGCACCAACGGCCGAGAUCACUUUGGCAUCCUGACGCUCGAUCACGGCCGUUGCCACUCGCUCACGUUUGCGGAUCCACGGCUGGUGGGCGAGAUGUUCUUCGUCACGUACAAUGGAGACAAGCUCGUGCGCAGUGACCAUGCUGCUAACGAUCCCAGCAUGCAGCUCUUGUCAUACCAGUACAGCGUGCCAGCAGACCCCACCAUCCCCUCCAUCCCAUGCUACAUGCCGGACAGAGACAUCCCUGUGCCCGUGGUUGUGUGCGCCCAGGUGGCCUUUGUGUCUUCCCUGGCCUCACCCACCCCCCUCCCCUCGCUCACCCCCUGCAGCUCCUAUCAUGUCAGUACGCUCUUGUCAUACCAGUACGGCGUGCCAGCAGACCCCACCAUCCCCUCCAUCCCAUGCUACAUGCCGGACAGAGACAUCCCCGUGCCCGUGAUCGUGCGCGGCCAGGUGCCCUUCGUGUCUCCCUUUGCCACGCCGCGCAAGUGGACGGCUAUUUUCCGCUUCGUGGCGUCGCCUCACAAGCACGUGCUGCUGGACGUGCGCAGCAGAAUCAUCCAAGUAAGAGGGGGGAGGGGGGGAGGGGGGGGGUGGGGGGAGGAGAUUGCACUGCCUGCUCCACUGCACGCGCAGGUGCCCUUUGUGCCGCCCCUGGCCUGGCCGCGCAGGUGGACGGCCAUCUUUCGCUUGGUGGCAUCGUCACACAAGCACAAGCACGUGCUGCUGGAUGUGCGCAGCAGAAUCAUCCAAGUGAAUAGGGGAGGAGGGGGAGGAGGUGUUGCAAUGCAUGUUGCACUGCAUUCAGGUCAGCACACCGGGCGCUGCAUUCAGGUCAACACACCGGGCGCUGCAUUCAGGUCAGCACACCGGGCGCUGCAUUCAGGUCAGCACACCGGGCACUGCAUUCAGGUCAGCACACCGGGUGCUGCAUUCAGGUCAGCACACCGGGCGCUGCAUUCAGGUCAGCACACCGGGCGCUGCAUUCAGGUCAGCACACCGGGCGCUGCAUUCAGGUCAGCACACCGGGCGCUGCAUUCAGGUCAGCACACCGGGCGCUGCAUUCAGGUCAGCACACCGGGCGCUGCAUUCAGGUCAGCACACCGGGCGCUGCAUUCAGGGUGCUCACUGCGUGCACUGAGGGUGCUCACUGCGUGCACUGAGGGUGCUCACUGCGUGCACGGAAGGCAGCCAAGGCGGACUUGGACUGGGGUAGCCAAGGAGGACAUGGCACCGGGGUGGGACAUGUUCCCCAAGAGCGAGGAGAGGACGGACCAGGACUGGCAGCACAGCGUCUUCUGCAUCUGCCCGCCCGGCCACUCCCAGUGGACCAGCCGCCCCUUCAAGGCGCUCAUCUCAGGGUGCAUCCCGGUGACGUUUUUCCGCGAGCACGACAACCCGUGGCAACGCUCCCUCAACUACGAUUCGUUCUCCAUCAACAUCGACCCUGAUGACGUGCCGUCCAUGCGAGCCAGGCUGGAGCAGGCAGACGUGCCGAGGCUGCAGAAGGGUGUAGAGAAGGUGCAGGCGCUCUUCCGGUGGUCCGGGUCGUGGAGUGAGGGAGCAGAGUCGAUGUUGCUGCAGGAGCUGAGAGCUAAAGUGGCAUUCUUACAUCGGUUUAAACAAGACUGA